AUGGCGCAGGAAGCAUUUGGAGACAUGAAGGACAUAGAGCCAGAGGAGCUGGAGUUCAGGGAGAGAUUCUUGAAAGAGUUUCCUCAGAUGGAAAGGGAACUUGAAGAGCACAUAACACAGCUCCGAGCACUGGCAGACAAGGCCGACAAGAUACACAAGGACUGCACCAUCACAAACGUGGUGGCCAGCUCUACCGGCAUUGUGUCUAGCAUCCUGACCAUUGUUGGCAUUGGUCUGGCACCGGUGACAGCUGGGGUGAGUCUGGGUCUGACAGCAGCUGGGUUGGGUCUAGGGGCUGCAUCUGCUGUGACCGGUGUAGCCACCGGCAUCGUGGAACACACAAAAAUGGCUUCCAUCGAAGGUCGUGCCAAUAAGUUGACAUCAACUGAGGUCAACCGAGAGGAAGUAUUAAAGAAAAUUGUAUUUGACUGCGCCCCGAGACUUGUUCCCAUGGGAAAUAAUAUUGUCAGAGGCGCGACGGGCAUUGAGAGGAACAUUCGUGCCAUCAAUUUGAUUAUUGCUAACCCUCGCCUAGCAGCCCGAGCAACACGCCUCAUGAAUGGUGGAAGAAUCUCAGCCCGAGGUGCCAGGCAGGUGCAGAGAGCUUUUGGAGGCACUCCACUGGCAAUGGCCAAAGCAGCCCGGGUUGCAGGGAUGGCCACGGCUGGCAUUUCCCUCCUUGUAGAUAUAUACAGCCUUGUGAAGCAGUCGAUCGACUUGCAUAAGGGAGCUAAGACAGCGUCAGCUAGCAAGCUGAGGGAGCAGGCUUUGGAACUGGAGAUGAAGCUGGCAAAACUUAAAGAGAUCCAUGUAAGUCUCCUGGAGGACAUUAGAGAGGCCUGUUGA